AUGCUGUUUCCUUGGAAAUAUCUGCAGAAGAGUGUCCCGCUCUUUGCUUGGUCCAGAGAUUACAACAUCGAUAAAGCAGUUUCCGAUUUAGUGGCUGGUAUCACAGUAGGGCUAACUUUGAUACCACAGUCCAUAGCUUAUGCCUCUUUAGCUGGGCUAGCACCACAGUAUGGCCUUUAUUCGUCGCUAUGUGGAGGUUUGAUUUACGUAUUUUUCGGAACGAUUCCUGAACUCAGCAUAGCUCCCACUGCCCUUCUCUCCCUCUUGACGAUCUCUUACACGAAAAAUCUGAGUUUCGGAAAUGUCCAUGGUGCCAUACUAUUAUGUUUUUUGGCAGGAUGUGUCGAACUCUUGUGCGGAAUUGUGCAUUUAGGUUUUCUGGUCGACUUCGUAUCCUCACCUGUUGUAUCUGCUUUCACCUCUGCAAGUGCCAUUACCAUAGCCUCUUCUCAAGUGAAGAAUCUGAUUGGAGUAAAAUUCGAGGGCGAAACCUUCUAUACUAUAUGGAAAAACGUGUUCGAACACAUCACAGAGCUGAAAUUGGCAGACACCAUCUUGGGACUAUCUUGCUGUGCUGUUCUUCUAUUUAUGCGUAAACUGAAAGAUUAUGGUGCUCCUCUCAUAGACAGUGGGAAGAAACAAUCGACGUUCAAAAAGAUGAUUUGGUUGUUUUCAGUUGCAAAAAAUGCUUUGGUGGUAGUUUGCUGUGCAGCAGCUGCAUUUGUUCUAGAUUACUACAAUGAGACACCCUUCACACUGACAGGAAGAGUUCCGACAGGUUGGCCGAAUGUUUCACUGCCACUAUUCUAUUUGGAGAAAGGCAAUACGACCAUCACGUUCAAGGACAUGCUGUAUGAACUGGAAACUGGCAUUAUUUUCGUUCCUUUUAUAGCCAUUCUUGCCAAUAUUGGUAUAGCGAAGGCAUUUGCCAAAGGAAAAGCCGUCGACGCUUCCCAGGAGAUGAUAGCCGUAGGUCUUUGUAAUAUUGUUGGAUCGGUAUUCGGAUCGUAUCCAGUGAACGCGUCCUUUUCCAGGGCAGCUGUGGGCAGCUCUAGCGGGAUCAGAACUCCUCUGGCAGGGGUUUACACAGCUGCAAUGGUGUUUUUGGCUUUCACAUUACUGACACCGUAUUUCCCUUAUAUCCCCAAAACCACUUUGGCAGCUGUGAUAAUAUGCGCAGUCAUAUUCAUGGUUGAACUGAUGAUUGCUCAGAGAAUUUGGAAAACCAACAAAUUGGACCUGUUUCCCUUCACAAUAACGUUUAUAUGUUGCCUGGUUAUUGGAAUUGAAAUGGGGAUACUGAUAGGCAUCUUGGUUGAUAUAAUCAAAGUUUUAUAUGUUUCUGCUAGACCAAAAGUAUCCAUUGAUCAAAUUAUAAUAGGGACUUCACCGGGAUAUGUACGGAUCACGAUAUUGUCCUCGAUGCCAUUUUUUUCUGCUGAGUAUGUAAGGGAAACUGUCUUGAAAGAGGAUCUCCUCAAAAUAGGAACCCACCAAUAUGUUGUUAUCGAUUUAGGGAGGAUUGAAUCGAUGGAUUACACAGCUGUCAUGUGCAUGGGUGAACUGAUCAAAGAUUUGAAGAAUAACGAGAAAAAAGUCUUCCUGCUCCUAGACAAGGAAUAUAUCAUAAAUUGUCUGAAAGGCGUCUGUGGGAAAGAUUUAGUUAUAUGCGCCACAGAAUGGGAUCUUCAGAAUUCCAUUUCAGAACAUCAAGAUGCAUCUGCGACAUCUCUUGCGAUUGAUGUGAGAAAUGAAGUUGAGAAAACGACUAAAUUGUGA